CCCUCCACAUUUUUCCUUCUCCAUGUGUCCCAAUUAGCAAAAGCCAAUUGAUUCAAUUGCACUCUAACACAAUGAUCUGCAAUACUUGUCGCCGCGCAGCAAUGCGCUCUGCUCGUCUGCCUCUGCGCACACUUGUCCGCGCUCCUACAACCAUCACCCGCAUUACAACACAAAUACCUACAUCAACGCCCCGAAGACUUCUCUCGACUUCUACCACUCGGUUCUCCGCUGCCGUUGAGGAAGAGCCCGAUCUGCCUUCCAUGAGCCCCGCCGAGUCUGCCAUCGCCGAGAUACUCUCCGAGAAGCUUCAACCCACUGAACUACUUGUCCAAGAUGUCUCGGGUGGUUGUGGGAGCAUGUACGCCAUCGAUAUCACAUCCCCUGCUUUCAAGGGUCAGACAAUCCUUAAGCAGCAGCGUAUGGUGAAUGCUGCUCUCGGAGAUCUUGUCAAGGGCUGGCACGGCGUUCAGAUCAGGACCAAGGUCCCUUCUGCUUAAGCGCAGUUAGGGUAUACAACGGCGAAAACUGGUGGAGGUACGGGAUGAGACGAUUGUACGACUAUUGAGAUUGCUAGAGUUCGGGACGACACGAAUGGGAAGACAUACCGGUUCUAUAAUCGCGUAAGAUUUAGAUCAUGUUGCGGCUCAGCAGCGAAUGGAUCAAUUGAGCCUUUAAAUCGACAGGCUGCUGUAUAAUAGAGAAACAGAGGAACAAUGCAUGGGAAUCACGGCCGAAAUCUCAGCUAUGGGGCAAAGCAUAAAAAUAUCAUUCAUCGUCAAAACACAUACCUGUCAGAUGCAGCCGUUCGGUGGUGACUUCAGUUCUGUAUUUGUGUCACAUGCAUUGUCCGAUUUCAUUCCGACUGAAUGUGCCGGAUACAGCCUCGAGGGAUGAGUGCGUUUGUGACUCAGGCCGAGGGACCUGCCAUACCUGCAAAAAGUUUCUAGGUGGCGAGCCAAUUCACUAUCGAAAGAUUCUGUGACUCCUCAGGGCUAUCGUUGAGUCCAGUGGACGUAGUCUGUCGCUUUGUCCAGUGGCUGAGGCUUGAGAAGCACUCACUCCAAGUGAAGCUGGACGUUUUGAAACAGCACAGAUCAGAACUACCACAAAGAUAAGUUGAAUGGGUAUAUUAUAAC